AUGCAGAUGGUUCCAAUGGAAAUGAUCAGACAUCUUGCAAGGGUAGCUUCUGAUCAUUAUCCCAUUGUGUUUAGUUUUGAUGAAGUACCUCAGUUCCAACAUAAAUUAUUUAGAUUUGAAGAUACUUGGAAGUCCUAUCCAGCAACUUGGAGCAUUGUUACUAAAGCUUGGGAAAAGAAUGACUUUGGAGAUGCAUCGGAUAUCCUCAACAGGAAAAUUCAUAGAACUAUGAAGGCCUUAUAUUAUUGGAACAAGAACGAAUGCAAAAGCUUAUGUUUGCUUAAGGAUGAACUGAAGGAGGACAUUUUUAAACUACAAUUGGAGGAAGAUUUGGAAGGUGGACUAUGCUAUGAAAAGAUGAACUUACUUCGAUCCAAAGUUCAUGAACUUAAUGUGACAUUGAGCAGAUUAUUUACAUGGUGGUAUCAAAGGGCAAAGGCUAGUUGGAAUGAAGAGGGGGACACAAAUUCUAAAUUUUUUCAUGAUUAUGCCUUCACUAGAAGAAAUGGAAAGCUUAUUAGACAAAUAAAGGAUGAAAUCAAUAAUAUGGAAGAAGAUUUAGACUAG